AUGGGUUUCUUAACCCCCUUUGUGCCUUAUCACACGUCCGCUGGCUCGAGUACCAUUCGAAAAUUUGGCGGCCUCCUUACGGUUGAGUUCCUGGAGCCGCCCCCCGGCCGAAGUUUUAUGAUGCGUCAGACCUACAGACUGGACGUGGAAGGACCCAUCCCACCUACGCUGCGAAAGCUCAUCGAUGGUCCCAUGCGGCCCGAUGGCCCUGCAAUGCACUUUCAUCGGUACCAGAACGAGUUUUUCCACGUCGAGCAUGGUAUCUGUGUGGCUGAGGUGGAUGGCGUGUCGCGCAAUCUAACCCCAGAAGAUGGGGAGGUCUCUCUCCAAGCGAACCGUAUUCAUCGUUUCAGCAUUCAUCCUGAUUCGGGAGAAUAUAUGACAGUGCUGCUGAGUGGCUCAGAUGCGGGGAUUGAUAACCAACUUGAUCGCGUCUUCUUCGAGAACUGGUACGGAUACUGGCAUGACGCACUGCUCUACGAUGGCGGUCUGGAUUUCAUUCAAAAAUUACAAAUGCUCGAUGCAGGUGGGCAUUAUACUCCCGCGCCGGCGUGGAUGCCCUUCAGGCUUUUCUUUGGCUACUGGACCAGUGUCGUCAUUGGUCGGUGGCUUGGGGGUCUGCUAGGCUACAAGCCAUUUUUCAAAGAAUAUACGACAGAUUGGGAGUUUGCUGUAACAAAAAUGAAAAGUUCGUUCUGGACUCGACGAUUGGUUGACGACUUUUGGGGCGCGAAGGAGCGCUGGAACAGAGAAGCAGAGCUCUCUGCUGGACCUAAGCCGACCAAUGCAGAACUCCAAUAUUUAAUCGAGGAUGUGACAGCGGCAACGAGAGCCGCAAAGGCCAAGGCCGCAGAGAAUGGUUCAUAUGGCAACGGAAUAAAUGGGGUGGUAGAAAACGGUGCGAUAGCUGGAGGAGAAGAGGGGACUGCCAUCGGUGUUUCUUCUGGGUUAGAAUCUGAAAGCGCUCGAGCUCGGAAGCGCUGA